CAAUCUCUAAUGGUGUCAGUCUUUAAAGAUUUUGCGUUUGCCCGAUGUUCUUGUUUUAGUAACACAAGGUUGUUGUCAAUAGAAUACCUGAUUCCUUCGUUAUUCUCUCCAGUAAAUGUUCUACCUUGUUGUGAGGUCAUGGCUGCGUUCAGCAGAAAGAGUGCAAUGCAUUGUGCCCCUGCUCCACAGAGCACCGACAAACAUUAGCUUUUACAACAGAUCUUUAUACAAACACACUCAACACGAGUUAGUGGCCAUGAGACCCCCAAGCACAGCAUGUCAUAUACGACAAAUAUAAUCAGAAAUGUAAAUGUGGUCUUACGGGUGGGUGCAGGGACGAUUUGAAAAAGGAUGUCAAAUGGCGUAGGUACUAUUCAGGUCGGGUGGCGCAAAUCAAACAUAUUAUUGCUUUAGACCGCUUGGUAUGCAAGUUUUAUUUGAUUAAGGAUGAACACUCGUACCCAAACCAUUUCGUCAUUUUUUUUGCUGUCAGGGGUGUCAUUCGGGUGGACGCUAUCACCAGGUAUAGUUUAGUCCAGAGCAGUGCAGACCGCUCCUUACUUCCCUGACCUCCACGUGCUCUGCUCGUGUGACUCUUCACCCCACGCUAUGGAGGUCGACGACGGGCACACACAUGUAGAAGACGAGUAUGAUGACGAUAAUCGGGAACUGCCCCACGUGCCCCGACAAGGCUCGGGCUGGCUCACACAAACGACUGAAGACGUCCCGACCAGCUCAUCCUGCGAGAGUUUUCCAGGUGGUGCUCCUGGCUGCGAACGAGAAGGUGCGAGAAGAUCUUGCUGUGUCUGCGGCGACAAAGCCUCGGCGUACAACUUUGGCGUCUUGACCUGCGACACGUGCAAAGCGUUCUUCAGACGCAAUGCCACCAGACUUGAGGAGCUGAAAUGUGUCUUCAACGGAAACUGCGUCAUUGACACGGUGACCCGGAAGUUCUGUUCAUCUUGUCGUCUUCAGAAGUGCUUUCGCCUUGGCAUGAAGCCACAGCUUAUACUGAACGAUGAGAGGAAGAAAGCAAGGCUGUCGAGAAGCAAUAAACAACGAGAACAAGAACAAAAGUCGGAGAGCAGGUCUCAAAUUACUCUAUCUCAACCUUUAGAGAGCAUCUGUCAUUUUACUCAACCUCAACCAUCGCGGUAUCAGCAUCCUGCCCUAACACCAGGUCCUCAGCCUUCACAGUCAGUGCCUGUUUGUGUAGCUUACUCAGAGAACAGCAUGCAGGAAUUCACUUCUGUGCAGUCAUCACCGGUUAGUGAACUUUGCCCCAUCGACCUCUUACCAGUGUUUGCCAGCGAGCCCUGUGGUUCAUCGCACGUGGAUUCAGCACCUGUACCUCAGGAAAUGAGCGCAUCAGCCCAUGGUAAACGGUUUGAUGACAUGGCAGGCACGUGUCAUGAAGCCUGCAAGUCACCUUCUUUUCAACACGUGUCACUCUCUGAUUUGCCGUCCGACAUCAAGCGGUACUGGCUUCUGUCGACCGAGGAGCGCACCCUAUUGGCGCACCUGACUAGCAAGUACCAGGAGACGAUGCUCCGGAUCACCCACCGCGACCCCGACCAGCCCUUGGAGGUUAUCACGGUCCUGCAAAUGGAAUCCUACCUCAAAGUUCUAGAGAAGGUCUGCUACCACUGUGUCAGCUUUGCCAAGGCGGUGCCAGAGUUCCGGGAGCUGAAGCAGGUGGAUCAGAUCGCCGCUCUCAAGGCCUCCUUUGUGCAAGCCUACGGUAUAUGCGCCUCCUCCUUCUUUGUCCCAGAGAGCGAUGUCUGGCGCAUCUUCCUGGGCGACAUCAGCGUCAGCCAGCUGCCCUCCGACUUCCACUCCACGACCUUUACCCGCGAUGGCGCUGACCUGUGCACGCAGGUCAAGGCCGUGGCUGGCAACGACUUGACCUUGUAUGCGCUGCUGCACAUCCUCGUCCUGCUUGACCCGCGUGAGGGCACCAUCAACGAACCCACGGAGCUCAAUACUUCCCGUGACAAGUACCUAAUCCUUCUGAAACAUUACCUGCAGUCCGAGUACUCCUACGUCUACGCAGACCGCUACUUCACUGCGCUGAUGAACCGUUUGGUUCUACUGUACGAUAUGGGUCAGGUGGCCGCCAGCCACUUCAAGCAGUUCUCACACCUCUUUCAGCCGCUCUUGGCCGAAAUGCUUUCGGGGGACUAGACUAGACUUCUUUACCACGUACUGCGCAUCGUUGGAUGACAAAUUUCCUGCCAGACCUUGAGAAGCUGCUUGAUGGCUACGCCAGAAGUAGACAAUAAACUGUUUAUAUUCACCAUGUCAAGAUGACCUAGCCUGUUCAUACUAAAGGUUUCACCAUCACACUGACAGGAGUCAGGAUGCCCCAGCCGGUUCAUGCCAACCACUUCACAUGUGACCAUAGGCACCGGAAUGGUCGCUGCCCUGACAACCACCAUCGGGACUUCAGCCAUGGGCAAUGAUAGUGUGUAGGAUGUCAUUUUGUUAUCCUGAAAUUGUAGUCACGCUAAAAAAGACAAAACUAUUUACCUGUUGGCUAAUGAAUUUGAAACAUACAAAAGUCUUUUAUAUAUAUAUGUUAAUCACAAAUAUAAUAGCUUGCAUAAACAUGUAUGAUGGUCAUAUAGUAAAUACUCAGAGAAAAUGUUAAUAACCUGUUGGUGUCAUCAAUAAUCAGAAAAAAUAUAAAAAUAACAAGUUAA